AUGCAAGGAGAAUUGGAAUUACCACCCGGGUUUAGAUUCCAUCCCACUGAUGAUGAACUCGUGAACCACUACUUGUGCAGAAAGUGUGCUUCUCAGUCCAUUGCUGCUCCCAUCAUCAAAGAAAUUGAUUUGUAUAAGUUUGAUCCAUGGCAGCUUCCAGAUAUGGCUCUUUAUGGUGAGAAAGAGUGGUACUUUUUCUCCCCUCGUGACAGAAAAUAUCCAAACGGUUCACGACCGAACCGGGCGGCUGGAACCGGGUACUGGAAGGCGACCGGAGCGGAUAAACCGAUUGGGAAACCGAAAGUCCUUGGAAUUAAGAAAGCCCUUGUGUUCUACGCUGGGAAAGCCCCAAAAGGAGUGAAGACCAAUUGGAUCAUGCACGAAUACCGCUUAGCCAACGUCGACAGAUCUGCCUCCAAGAAAAACAACAAUUUGAGGCUUGAUGAUUGGGUGCUAUGUCGAAUUUACAACAAGAAAGGGAAGAUUGAGAAGUACAAUAAUGGCGUUGGGGUGGUGGAUCAGAAAUUGGCGAAAUUACCAGAGGAGGUUUCCUUCCACCACGAGAUCAAGCCUGAGAUCAAGAUGUACGACCACGACCAUUUAAGGAGCAACCAACUGUACAUGGACUCGUCGGAUUCGGUGCCGAGGUUAAACACGGACUCUAGCUGCUCCGAGCAGGUGGUUUCGCCGGACGGCACGUGCGAGAGGGAGGUGCAGAGCGAGUGGAACAACCUCGGGUUGGGCCCGGACCUGGUUUCGGGCUUUGAUUUUAAUUUGAUGGAUCUGUCAGCAGACGACGCUUUUGCCCCUGAGGCCCAAUACCAAAUGAACCAGCCCUCACCCUGGCAUGAGAUGUUGGCUUACCUACCGAAGACAUUUUAA